UCUAGGCUCUCCAUCCACUCCACUGUCGAGUCUCCAGCAAUGGGUAGCCAACUGCCGCCGCCGCCGGCUGCGUCCACGGCCACCACCCACGCUGCCGCCGCCGACGGAAUGACCACCACCAUAUCCUCGCUCGGCCAGGACCAGCUCCUCGAGAUCUUCCUCCGCUUGCCCAACCUGCCGGCGCUCGUCCGCGCGGCGCUCACCUGCCGCUCCUGGCUCGGGGCCGUCCGCUCCUCCCGGCCCUUCCGCCGCCUCUUCCGCGCCCUCCACCCGGCGCCACUCCUCGGGCUGUUCCUCGAAGUCGACGAAGAUGCCGCCCCCUCCUUCGCCCCCCUGCGCCGCACAGAUCCCGACGUCGCCGCCGCCCUCCGGUGCGGCGACUUCUUCCUCACCUCCCUCCCCGUGCAGGACGGCGCGUACACGGGCUGGGGCAUCGUGGACUGCCGCGACGGCUACAUCCUCCUGCGGAACAUGUUCUCCCUCGCCGCCGUGAACCCCAUGACCUGGGCCGUGGACAUCAUCCCGAUGCCCGACGACGUGAGGGCUGGGAGCGGCCUCAGUUUCGGCUUCCUUGGUUUCCAUCUGAUGUCUUCUGAGGAGAACCCCUGGUCGCUCCGCGUGGUCUGCGUCUGCGCGGAUGUGUCUAGGGUUCGUGCUGCCGUCUUCUCGUCCGAGACAUGGGAUUGGGCCAUCCACCCAUGGGUUGAAAUUGGCGGCGACAACAGCCUAAAGUACAAUGCUGGCAUGCUGGUGGAUGGUUCCGUUUACUGGCCUUUCCAUGGCGAACACCGCAUGAUAAGGAUCAACACAGCCACCAUGGAGGUCAUCAAUGUGGAUCUACCCUUGCAGGUGGAUGUGGAGAGCUGCAAUUACAACGCUGGGGAGACUAGGGAUGGUCAGCUAUGCAUUGUCUAUGCUGCCGAUGAUUUUCACCUCCAUGUUUGGAUCCGUGGUGUGGAUGGUGAUGGAAUUGGGAUUUGGGUGCCGCAGAACAUACUCUCUUUGAGUGCAGAAAUUGGUCGGGUCACUCGGGGCUGGCUGGGCCACCUUAGGGUUGUGCAAGUUAGGUCUGGAUAUGUCUACUUGUCCAUGAAAUGCAUUACCCCUGUUGGCAUACUCCGCUGCUGGUUCUUAUCCCUUUCAUUGGAGACCAUGAAGAUUGAGUCACUGAUCCACGGGACAUUUGGUGACUCUGCCUAUCCGUACAUUAUGGCCUGGCCUCCUUGUUUGAUUGGUCAUGAUGGGAGCAGCACUGGGCAUGAAGUUGAAGCUUCUCACUGAAAUCUGCACUUGUUCGUCUUAUAUGAGGAAAUUAAUGCAAAUUUGCAGCAGCAGGGGAGAUGUGCGUUUUUGGUGAAGAGGACGAGAAUCUGUGGGCGGGCGGGUAACUGCAAAGUCGCGUGCUCGGUGUCGAAUGCAUUUAUGUUGACUGAUCAUGUAAAGUUGGGGAGUAGACCAGAUGCAUUUAAUUUGAUCGGUUUGUAAAAGAAUUUGUUGCCAGAUUGUCUCAGGUAGUGAGUGGUGAAUGCUCGAAAUGAUAUGGUGAGUCAGCUGCUUUGCCAAUUGCCGUGAACAGUGUAAUCUGCUGUCGUUUCAGAACAUUCAGUGAUAUGGUGAGUUGAAGCUUC